AAAAGAUCACACAAAGUUCAGAUUUUAAUAGCCUCGAAAACAGCCUCAGCUCUGCGGCUCUUUCUCAACAUUUAACUAUACCGUAGAACCCAACUUAGCUAUCCGUACAUCUUUGUAAUAUAAUGGCCCUCAGAGCACUCAUUUCAGCCUCUCAAGCCCACCAUAUCCAGAAGGCUCUGCUGCCUGCUGUCCAAGCAAGAUGGGCCCACGAGUAUAAGUAUGUGACAAAUGAUAACAUUGACAUGGACGCUAAGUCAGUGAUGGACAGAAAUGCAACAACUCUUUUCUUUACCGAACUCUUCCGAGGUCUGGCCAUCACACUCAGUGCAUUCUUCCGUGAGCCAGUCACUCUCAACUACCCGUUUGAGAAGGGACCUCUUAGUCCUCGUUUCCGUGGUGAGCAUGCCCUGAGGCGAUACCCGAACGGAGAGGAGCGCUGUAUUGCUUGCAAGCUGUGUGAGGCAGUGUGUCCAGCACAGGCCAUCACUAUUGAGGCUGAAACAAGAGCAGAUGGGAGUCGGAGAACAACAAGAUACGAUAUCGAUAUGACCAAGUGUAUCUACUGCGGGUUUUGUCAGGAGGCGUGUCCUGUAGACGCUAUUGUGGAGGGCCCCAACUUUGAGUUCUCCACUGAGACCCAUCAGGAGCUGCUCUACAAUAAGGAGAAGCUGUUGGACAAUGGAGACAAGUGGGAGAAAGAACUAGCCGCAAACAUUCAGGCAGACUUUCUGUAUCGAUAGCUCAGUAUUGUGUUCCUUAAUUUAUGUACAAUCGUAUGUGGUCAUGUCUUGACAGUUUGUAGAACUUGUGUAUUAAUUAAUAUUGAAUAUGAA